GCCGGUACUAGUGAAUGAAUCAAAUGUGGUGGGAACAAUAAUAGUACCGGGCGUCAGUAGUGUAUCUGAUGAACCCAUACAACCUGUUUUAUGAAGUAGCUGGCUAGAUUUGGGACAUACUACGCAGCCGAAGAGUAAUGUGUCGAACCAGUCCUCAAGAACUCACCAAAAAACGAUGAGUCGCUGGCCACUCACUGGUUGGCAAAAUUUCAAGGGUGGGUUGCACAUUCCCCAAAUAUUGCUGAAAUUUGAGAACUUUCAUGUAUGUACACUAACGUCCAAGGGCUCCUCAGUAAAAUUACCGAACUUCGGGUACGCCAGGUCGCGAACGCUUUGGACGUAAUUUCCAUUCCCGAAACUUGGUUACACCAAGCACUUGCUGAUGUUGAGGAUCAGAUUGCAGAAAUGUCACUUAUCCGGUACGACCGUCCCACCGAAGGAGCUGGGGUUCUUCUCUAUUACCGCAGUGACCUGCAAUGCACAGUAGUCGAUGAUCGAGAAGCUCAUGUUAUCGACACACUGCUGUCAUCUCCGACUAGGACACAACGAUGCAUAUCUCGUAGCUGUCGUUCACCGUCUACCGGAAAUGGAUUCCGUCUUGGCACGUGCCUUGAACAGGGUAACCCGCACUAGGUACAGCCACAUUCUCAUCACCGAUGAGUCCAAUGUACACAACCUGGAGGUAUCGGUAUCGUCC